AUGUCUCCCGACAGAGGCAGUGACGCCGACGCGCCUCCGAGCUUGGCAGAAGGCUCGCACGCUGCUAGGCUGCUGCCAGAGGGCCGCCACUUCACGUUUCGCGGUGUCGCUGUCGGCCUGCUGGUUGGUCUCGUCAUAUGUUUCUCGAACAUGUAUUUUGGGCUGCAGACUGGUUGGGUAUCCACGAUGACGAUGCCGGCGAGUCUGCUAGGAUUCGGCAUCUUCCGAGCGCUGGCGCCGCACCUCAAAUUCCCGUUUACUCCAGUCGAGAACGUCUUGGUGCAGUCAGUUGCCGGUGGCAUGGCUAUUAUGCCUCUGGGAUGUGGUUUCGUCGGUGUGAUGCCGGCCAUGAACUAUCUCAUGUACUCUGAAGAGCAAGGACCUAUAUUCUUAAGCUUGUGGAAGAUGAUUGUAUGGUCUUUAGGGCUCUGCUAUUUUGGGGUUGUGUUUGCAGUUCCAUUACGGCGACAAGUGAUCAUCAGAGAACAGCUGAAGUUUCCUAGUGGCUUCAGUACUGCGGUGCUCAUCGGCGUUCUGCAUGGAAAGAAUCAACCCGCGAGCGGUAUGGUCCUGGACUCUUCAAAAGCAGCAACAUUUGGAAGUCUUGCCCUGGAGAAUCGGCCUCUCCUGGAGCCUGUAAACGCCAACGACGACGAUAACAGCACUCUUGUUGAUGAGGAGUCACUGAGUCAGCCAUACAGCUGGGGAUCGAACAUCAAGCUGCUGCUGAUUACGUUUGGAAUCUCGGGCUUCUACACGUUGUGUACCUUUUUCUUUCCUGUGCUGCGCAGCUUGCCUAUCUUCGGCACGUAUGCUGCGACGACUUGGCUUUGGGAUUUAAACCCGAGUCUUGCCUACGUCGGCCAGGGUAUCAUCAUGGGACCAACCACUACUCUACAUAUGCUUUUGGGCGCAAUUGUGGGGUGGGGCAUACUUUCACCUCUGGCCAAACACAAAGGGUGGGCUCCAGGAGAUGUCAGCGAUUGGGAAACCGGAAGCAAAGGCUGGAUCGUCUGGGUCUCACUGGCUAUCAUGCUUGCAGAUUCUGUUGUCAGCUUGAGCUACAUCGCCUUCCGGCCACUCGUUCAAAAUGCUCCAUCGUAUUUAGCAUCCAUCAGUCAACGACUUCGUAGUGGAACCGUGAAAGAACCCUUCCGGCCUUCGACAGCUGGCUACUCAGCUGUUGGUGGCGACGAGAACGAUCCUCGAAGUUCAACAGGCGCGCGGAGCUCAACAUCAGAACUCCUGCAAAGCCCGGCCUUUGAACAGCAAGACAGCCACGAGCUCAGAGUAUGGGACCACGAUGAUGCUCCAGCAGAGCAGCAGGUCGGAGACAAAACUGUCGGCAUUGGACUUGUGCUGUCCAUAGUUGUGUGCAUCGCGAGCAUUCAUAUCACGUUUGGUGACCUAGUGCCGCUUUACGCCAACAUCAUUGCAAUUUUGAUGGCACUAGUCUUGAGCAUUAUGGGCGUGAGAGCUCUUGGUGAGACCGACCUGAACCCCGUAUCCGGGAUCAGCAAAUUGGCGCAGCUUUUCUUCGCCCUGAUCAUCCCUCAGACAAACAAGGCCAGUGUUCUCAUCAACCUGGUCGCCGGCGCUGUAUCCGAAGCCGGCGCUCUCCAAGCCGGCGACCUGAUGCAGGACCUGAAGACAGGCCAUCUGCUUGGAGCGGCGCCUAAUGCGCAGUUCUGGGGCCAAGUGAUCGGCGCCACUGUCGGCGCCGUCGUCAGUGCAUUGAUCUACCGUCUAUAUACCGCAGUAUACACGGUCCCUGGUGACCUGUUCCAGGUGCCGACAGCCUACGUGUGGAUAUUUACAGCAAGGCUUGUUACCGGACAGGGCUUGCCCCCGCUGGCGAGAGAGUGGGCUUUUGGGGCUGCUAUCCUCUUCGCUUUCAUCACAGCUCUGCGCACCAAAACCAUGGACAAAUCAUGGCAGGCCUACAUCCCUGGCGGCAUCGCCGUGGCUAUCGGAAUGUACAACGUCCCCUCGUUCACUUUGGCCAGAACCAUCGGGGGCCUGGUCAGCUGGUAUUGGAGACAGCACCUGAAGCGUGAGGACACGCCGCUCAUCGUCUUGGCCUCUGGCUUUGUCCUUGGCGAGGGCUUUCUAAGUAUUGUCAAUCUCAUUCUACAAAGCGCUCGGGUGCCGCAUCUUUGA